ACUCAUCUCGCCCGGGUAGCUCAGUCGGUAGAGCAUUGGACUUUUAAUCCAAGGGUCCAGGGUUCAAGUCCCUGCUCGGGCGGCUUUACUUUUUAGAUAUUAAUUUUUUUUCUUAAUUAGACUAAUUUGAAAGAAAAAUGUAAUUAUAGAAACUUGCGAAUGACGGUUUUAAUUGAAUAUUAAUACUUAUCUGAGUUGUCAAAGUACCAAUUUUUAUAAAAUUGCUGUUAACAGUUUAUCAGUGUUACCUGAAUGUAUUUCUACAUUUCGCAGCUAGUUCUUAAACGAUUUACAUGUAUUAAAAGUACAAAUCAGUUACUGUUAAGUUCUAAAAGGUCGAUUUCAAGAAUAAAAAACAUGACUGGACAAACUGAGGCCAGGGCUCCCCUGAAGAAGUUUCAGAAUAUUAUCAAAUCUCCUGAAGAUAAGAGAUCUUACAGGGGACUUGAACUCAGUAACCAUAUGAAAGUAUUACUUGUCAGCGAUCCUACAACUGAUAAAUCAGCGGCUGCUCUCAAUGUAAACGUUGGUUUCCUGAGUGACCCUGAUUACUUGCCUGGUUUGGCCCAUUUUUGUGAACACAUGCUAUUUCUGGGCACUGAAAAGUACCCAAAUGAAAAUGAGUACAUUAAGUUCCUAAGUGAGCAUAGUGGAAGCAGCAAUGCAUCCACAUAUACUGAUCAUACAGUUUAUUAUUUUGAUGUUGCUCCUGAUAAACUUACAGAGGCAUUAGACAGGUUUGCACAGUUCUUUAUUGCCCCUCUCUUCACUGAAAGUGCCACUGAGAGAGAGCUGAUAGCUGUUAAUUCAGAGCACGAAAAGAAUUUGCCUAAUGACAUGUGGAGAAUGUCUCAGUUGGAAAAACACACAUGCAAUCCUAAUCAUCCAUAUCAUAAGUUUGGAACUGGUAAUAAGGAGACCUUGGAUGUGAUACCCAAGAAAAAAGGAAUCAAUGUUAGGAGUGAGCUGCUAAAAUUCCAUGAGCAGUGGUAUUCUUCAAAUAUAAUGGCCCUAGCAGUCUUAGGGAAAGAAAGUUUAGAUGACUUGGAGGCUAUAGUUUUGGAAUUAUUUUCAAAUAUCCAAAACAAAGACAUAGAGGCACCAAGAUGGUCAGACCAUCCUUUCAGUGAUGAGCAGCUAAGGACUUGUACAUAUAUGGUUCCAAUAAAGGACAUAAGGAAUCUAAGUAUCAACUUUCCAACUGAGGACUUGAAUGAAUAUUAUAAGUCUUCGCCUGAGGGGUACAUAAGUCAUUUAAUCGGACACGAAGGUCCCGGAAGUUUGCUGUCAGCCCUGAAAACGAAGGGAUGGUCGAAUAGCUUAGUGGCGGGGAGUAGGCCAGGCGGCAGGGGCUUGGGAUUCUUCGGGAUAACCGUCGAUCUUACGGAAGAGGGAUUACAGCACACGAAUGAUAUUAUCAAGCUUGUUUUUCAGUAUAUCAAUAUGCUGAAAGAUGUGGGACCACUGGAAUGGAUCCAGGAGGAGCAGAAAGACAUAGCGGCCAUGAUAUUUAGAUUCAAGGACAAGGAAUCGCCCAGGACUUACAUUUCAGGGUUAGUCCAUCAUUUGCAGGACUAUCCCAUUGAAGAUGUGCUGUGUAUCCAUUACCAUUUGACCGAGUGGAGGCCUGACAUCAUAAACAACAUCCUCAACAGUUUCACUCCGGACAAAGUCAGGAUCGGAGUUAUAGCGAAAAAGUUUCAAAAAGAAGCCACAGAUGCUGAACCCUGGUACGGAACGCAGUACAAGUUGGAAAAAAUCCCGCAGGAAGUGUUAAACGACUGGACCAACGCCGGCACGUCUAAUGAGUUCAGGUUGCCUGAUAAGAACGACUUUAUCCCCACCAAUUUCAACAUCGAACCGUUGGAUAAAGACAUUACAGAACAUCCGGCCAUAGUGCAAGACACAGCACUUACAAGGGUCUGGUUCAAACAGGACGAUAAAUUUUUACUUCCCAAGGCCAAUCUACUGUUCGACUUUGUCAGUCCUUUGGCGUAUUUGGACCCAAUGAAUUGCAAUAUGACCCACAUGCUGGUCCAGUUGUUUAAGGAUGCCCUAAACGAGUACGCGUACGCCGCGGAAAUUGCAGGACUCAAAUGGGAAUUGUCCAAUACAAAAUACGGCUUGAUCCUAGAAGUUGGAGGCUAUAGUGACAAGCAGCACAUACUCCUUAGAAAAAUAAUGGAGAAGCUCACCAGUUUCAAAAUAGACCCCAAAAGGUUCGAAAUAUUCAAGGAAAACUACAUUCGCCAGUUGAAAAAUUUUGCUGCUGAACAGCCCUAUCAGCACGCAGUCUAUUAUUUGGCAGUUUUACUGACUGAACAUUCUUGGACAAAAGAAGAACUAUUGGCAUCUACAGAUCAGUUAACAAUUGAAAGGCUCGAGGCUUUUAUUCCACAGAUGUUAUCCAAAUUGCACAUCGAAUGUCUUUUACACGGCAACUUGAGUAAAAAAAGGGGCCUGGAGCUGGUGGACAUUGUUGAGACGAGUCUCACGUCGAGUUUCUGCAUGUCUCCUCUGUUACCCCGUCAACUGUUGCUCAACAGGGAAUUAAAACUGGAUGAUGGAUGCAGUUACCUGUACGAGGUCCAAAACAACGUUCACAAACUCUCCUGCAUUGAACUUUACUUCCAGUGUGGGCUCCAGAACACAGAGAACAACGUCCUCCUGGAAUUGUUUGCUCAAAUUAUCCAAGUACCCUGUUUUAACGUCUUAAGGACACAAGAACAGCUAGGAUACAUAGUAUUCAGUGGUGUUAGGAGAUCCAAUGGGGUCCAGGGACUCAGGGUGAUAGUACAGUCGGACAGACAUCCCGAAUACUUAGAUACAAGGAUAGAAUUAUUCUUGGAAAGCAUGUUGAAACACGUAAUGGAAAUGAGCAAUGAAGAGUUUGAAAGGCAUAAAGAAGCCCUGGCGCUACAACGAUUAGAGAAACCGAAACGUUUAUCUGUUCAGUCACAGAUAUUCUGGCAGGAAAUCACCUCCCAACAGUAUCAUUUCGACAGGGCCAAUGUUGAAGUGGCUCAUUUACGAAAACUAACAAAAGACGACAUUAUUAACUAUUAUCAGUAUUUAUUGGAUAAAGCAGCGAAACAACGAAAGAAAAUUUCUGUUCACGUGGUAUCUAUGGCAGACGGAGGCGCAGGGACGUCCAACAGUCCAAAGAAGGAAGAAAAGGGUUCCGUUGAAGUUAUAGAGGACGUGACGGUGUUCAAGAGUAGCCACGGAAUGUUCCCUUUGGUCCAGCCCUACAUCUGUAUGGAACGUAAAGGGAAAAAAUGCAAACUUUGA